UGACAAGAUCAUAUAAAAUAAGAAAUGUUAGAAUAAUAUUUUUAAACAUGGAACUAAACCGACAGUAGGUGGCGGCAAGUCACCAUCUUAAUGAGUGAGUCAUUGAGUCAUUCAUUCAAAUGACUUGUUCACAUGGCUGAAUCAUUCAAGAAUGAGGUAGUUGUUUACAAAUAGGUGUGUUCGACCUUAGCUGCGGCUGGAUGUAACCGAUCGGUGAGAAUUGCCGCUUGCCCCUUCUCUCGUCAGCUUUUUUGUGUGCAAGUUAGCUCCCUGUCACGUGAUUAAUUCAAAAUGGAGCGCAGUAAAAAGAAGUGAUUGAAGGCUAAUAUUAACUAUCCUGAAAUCAGCUUUAAAGGGCACCCAUUAUGCAAAAUGCUCUUUUAUAUGGUGUUUGGACAUAAAUGUGUGUUGGCAGUGUCUGAACACAAUCACUCUACAAUGACAAAAAUCUACCCACUGUGUUUUCAUCCAUGCCGUUUUCAUGCCCUGUCCAUGGCCGCUAACUGACAGUCCUGCAUUUUCCGUCCUCAGCGAGUUUUCUCCAUUUUCUCCGCGCUCCAAUAGCUGUAUAGUAAACAAUGUCUCGUCAGCAAUCCCGGUGUUUUGUUUUUGGAUGUACGAGUGAGCACAAGAGUCUUCAUCUUCUCCCUGCAUCUGAGCCACUGAGGACGCGGUGGAUUAGUUUUAUUUUUAAAGGUAAAGCGCCUGAAAAUGCACCUAAACACAUUUUUGUCUGCGCAAAUCAUUUCACUUCUGACUGCUUUAUGAAUGAGGGACAGUACAAGGCAGGCUUUGCUAAAAAGUUACUUAUCAAGAAUGGAUCUGUACCGACUCUUCGUCACCCUCCAGAAGAAGCCAGCACAUCGACACAGAGUCGUAGCACAAUGGAUGUUGCCGUCCAGACAGAACCAUCACAGCUACACAGUGUUGGUACACAGCUUUCAAUGGGGAGGCCUCAAUCACACCACAUGAGUAUCGGUGUCCAGACAACUGUGUCCAGUUUUGACCUUAGCACAGCAUCAGUGUCUCAUACAGCUUUUGGAACAGUUAUGACUUCCACACAGCUCAAGACUUCAUCAAAGAGACCUUGUCUUGACCUUGAUGAUGAAGAUACCCUGCAGGAAUGCUCUUCUAUACUAACAGCACAAGAGACUGAUGUCACAUUUGACCCUGCAGAGGCAGACACAUCCAUAACAGAGCCAAAAGUCUUGUCAGCUCAAGCAUCCAGUCCAGUGCAAAACAUAAGUAAAUAUAUUGUCUAUGAGACCUGCAUCAUGGAACUGUUCGAGGUGUGCCCGGUAUGUCAGCGAAGCUGUCAUGUACGAUCACAAAAGCUUGGGACAUUUCUACGUGUGGAACAACUCUGCCGCCACUGUCAUUUCUCACGGAAAUGGGACAGUCAGCCAAUUAUGGGCAGUACUCCAGCUGGCAACCUUCACCUUUCUGCUGCUGUGUAUCUCUGUGGUGCUUCAUUCUUCACAAUCAAAAAGAUAUUUGCAGCAAUGAAGCUACAACUUUUCAGGUAUGACACCUUUCGUCACCAUUCAAGAAUGUGCAUUGAGCCUGCUAUUGUUCACAAAUGGAGAAUCUGGCAGGGUGAGAUGCUACAGCAGAUAUCUCAAAGGGAAAAAGUCAUUGUUGGAGGAAGAAUGAGGGCAGACUCACCAGGGCACUCUGCAAAGUAUGGCAGUUACACAAUGAUGGACCUGGAGACAAACACCUUGGUUGAUGUACAACUCGUCCAGAGCAAUGAAGUUGCGGGAAGUUGUCACAUGGUGAAGGAAGGUUUGAAGAGAAGUCUCGAUUUUUUGGACGCUCAUGGCGUGACUCUAGACUGCAUUGUGACCGACCGACAUCCGCAAAUACAAAAAUUCCUCAGGGAGCGCAGUGUCAACCAAUUCUAUGAUGUCGGGCACAUAGAGAAAGGAAUUUCAAAAAAGCUGGAGGUAAUUUGCAAGUUGCAGGAGUGUGAAAAACUACGUAAGUGGUUAUGUAGUAUUAAAAAUCACAUCCAUUGGACUGCUGCAUCAUCAAGCAAUGGGCCUGAAAGAGUGGCUAAAUGGACGUCUAUAUUGAACCAUGUCCAAGAUAAGCACACGCAUGAAGACAACAAUUUUCCAGCAUGUCUACAUCCACCAAGGCAAAGUCGAGACAAAAACAAGUGGCUUGUUGCUGGAUCUCUGGCCUUUUUCAAGUUGGAGAAAGUUCUCUCCAACAAGAGAAUUUUAAAGGAUGUAGCCAAGCUAAGUCCUCACCACCAGACCUCAAACAUUGAGGUUUUCCACAGAGUCAUACUGCGGUUUGCACCCAAAAAUGUGGUCUUUCCAUUUCUGGGAAUGUUGUGCAGACUGUACCUGGCUGCACUACAUUACAAUGAGAAUAUCGGGCAUCCUCAAGCCACAACAGCAGCAGGUCAACCGCAGUUCAAAAUGACCUUUCCAAAGGCCAAGAAGGGAGAAUACAGAGCCAGAGAAGUGAAGACACACGAAACUUUCAGAUAUGUGGAUGACCUGCUGGACCUCAUAUUUGAUCAAGUCUUUGUGGAUCCUGCACCAUACAUGGAAAAGGUCUUGAGGAUCCCCAUACCACCUCCAUUGUGUGUAGAGUACGACCGACCUGAGAAGGAGGACGCCAUCUCCAGCAGGGCAUCACAUUUUAAUCUAUAGGUGGUCGAAAACCAACAUGGCUGCCCUGGGCAUCGGGAAACAUCGCGAAUCCUCAGGACCUCACAAGCUGGAAUCACAAGUCGUACACUCCAUCCCAGGAAUCCCCAGCAUCAACUCACAAAGCUCAGAAAAGCUACAAGACGCACAGUGCGCAUAAGUCGCCAACUUUCUGCAGUCAAUAGCUACAGACCUCCAAACUUUGUGUGGCCUUCAGAUUAGCUCAAGAACAGUGCGUAGAGAGCUUCAUGGAAUGGGUUUCCAUGGCCGAGCAGCU